GUUUUUCUUUACUUGAUUUUCUUUAUUUUGUUUUUUUCUUUUAUUUUUAUCUUAAUUCUGUUCUGAUGUAUGUGUUGUGUUUGUGCUCCUGUUUUUAUACCGCACCGCGGUCCAAUUUUAAUUUUUGAUUUUAUUUAAAAUUUUAGUUUUUCGAAUGGUUUUUAAUUUUUUUCUGUUUUUUCUUCUUGGUUUUUUGUUUUUUUUUUUUUUUGAGAACAUGAAAAUAAACGAAUUCAUCAGUUUAUAAUUUUCUUGCGGUCAAUAUAGAAGGGAAAACCUUUAUAUUUUAGAAUUUAUUUUUAAUUUUUUGUUUUAAAUAGAAGCUUAGAAAAUAUUUAUUGAAAAUUUUCCGCGUUUUUUUUUUUUGAAUUAUUUUAUUAUUAAAAAAAAAAUAAUUUUUUAAUUACCAUAUUUCGCUACAAUUCAAUACUUGUACUUGUGCUUUUUGUAUUCCGAAUCAAUUCGAAGAAAUCACACAAAAAGAAAAAAAAAAUGUUCGCAUCAUUCAAAUUAAAUCCAAAUAAUACAAUUAUGGAAAAAACUCCACGUUAUACACAACGUGAAAGGAAUAUGGUAUUAAAUUAUGCCGCUCAAUAUAAAGAUAUAAUUGAAAAUAAACGAACUGAUGCUGAAUCAAAUCGAAAAAAAGAUGAAGUAUGGACCACAAUAGCAAAAGAAUUUAAUUCACGUGUUUAUCAUCAACGAACAGCUAAACAAUUGCGUCAACUAUAUAAAAACAUGAAAUUAUUAUUAAAAAAAGAUCUCACAACUGAUGGACGGACUGAAAGCUUUAUGGAUAUAUUAACAGCCUUACAAUCACAAAGUGGUAAUCUUCCAUUAUUAGCAAAUCAUUAUUCAGAUGGUAGAACAAAUGGUAAAAUGAAGCAAACUAAUAAUAACAACGAUAAGGUGAAUUUAUCACAGUCGUAUAAUAACAAUAUAUCAAAUAUUGAAAGUGAUGUUGUUAUAAUAAAAAGUGAAGAUUUAAGUGAUAAUGAUCAAUCAUUUAAAAAUGAAAUGGAUGAUGAUUCACUUAGUAAUAAAGAUAUACCAGAAGUAUGCCUCGAAGAAGAUGAUGAUGAUGCAAUAUUUGAUCCUUCAUGCAUAAAUCCUGUGGCCUCGUACCUUAAUUUACAUCCAAAUUCAAAUCAUCAUAAUAAUCAUAGUCAACAGCAGUUACAACAGCAACAACAACAGCAACAAUCACAACAUAAUUUGUCACCGCAAAUUCAAUUACAACAAUUAAUUCAACAACAUCAACAGCAGCAACAUCAAUUGCAGCAACGACAGCAACAGGAAAUAGCACAAAAUCAACAACAAAAACGUUUACGGGAAAAUAAAACCCCAUCAUCUAUAAGACGUGAAUUAAGUGAUUCACCGGAACCUUUGAAUUUUAAUAAUUCUAAUGAUGAACGUAUUCAUCAUCGUAGUCUUAAUAAUAAUACUUCUUACAUGCAAAAUAACAUAAAUGGUGAACGUUUACAGACAAUUCAAUUUUCUUCUGAUCGUAGAGAUAAUCACAAUAAAAGUCCACCAUCACAUAAUAUUCAAAGUGAUUCAAAUAGUCCACCUAGAAUGAAUGGUGAUGAUAGUGGUGGUGGUAUUGAUUGUGGUAUUAGAAGGCGUACUAAUAGCGGAACAGAAUCUUUAUUUGCUUUAGCAAUUGAAGAACGUAAACGCAAAAUUGAAUUAUUAAAUGCACAAAUUGAAUAUUGGAGAACAUUGACUAAAAAAAUUAAAAUGUCGUCUACACAUGAUACAGAUUUAUCUGUUGGAUUAUGUAAUGGUACAUGCCCUUGCAGUCAUUCAGUUUCACCAACACCAUCGGUCAGCAAUAACUUUAAUAAUAGUAAUAAUAAUAAGGUUAAUAAUAACAGUAAUAAUCAUCAUAAUAAAAAUAAUAAUAAUAACAGUAACAACAAUAGUAAUAAUAAUGGUAAAAAUUAUAAUGAUGAUAAUAAUGGUAAUGAAAGUAGGGUAGAAAAUAAUAGUAGUAAUAAUGAUAAUAAUAACAACAGUACUGAUCCGGAGGCUAAAGGAAAUCAAUAUAGUGAUCAAAGCUAGUUAAUAAUGAACUCAUUUGAUGAAGAAAAUACAAGUAAAAUAAACGAUUAUAAUGACUACGAAAAUGAUGAAGUUUAUAAUGAUGAUAAUGAUGAAAAUGAAAAUAGAGAAGUUGCUGAAGUAAUUUUAAAUGAAGAUGAAAAUAGUAUAUUUAAAUUUAAGAAAAUUUAUUUAACUUUUCAUUCAGAAGAAUAAUUGUGUGCCGUUCAUAUUAAUAUUAAAUCUGUAUCUAUUAAAAGAUAAGGUUAUUUUUUAAUUUUUAAAUUUUUUUAAGUAUUAAUGUAGUUAGACUGUAAAACAUUUUUCUUUUUUUUAUUGUUUACUUAUGUUUUCAAAAGAAAUAUGUACAAAUAAGGUUCCUAAAUAGCCUUCAUUGCAUUAUUAUUAUUAUUUUAUUUAAUUUAAAUUCUUUUUUUUUUUAAUAUUAUUGAAAAUAACAAAUUUAUACAUACAUAUAUAAUUUGUUUUUAACUUAUAAAAUCUAGUCUUUUUUGUGUAAGUCAUUCUAUACCAAAAUUUAUGUUCGCUUUAGUCGUAGUUUUACAACAAAAAAAAAAAAAGUAUUUAUUUACUAAAAGAGCAUUGAAAAUUAAUCGUCUUUUUAGAAAAAUUAUUUUGAAUUUAUAAAUUAAAACGAAAA